AGGAAAAGUGAGGAUGAGGAAGUUAAUUUUACUCCUCUCCUGGUCUUAUGGGCAUGUUUCACAUGCGAUUGUGGACGUAUUAACUAGACGUUUGAUCUUUUCAAGAUCCUAGAAUACAUACAUACUUUGUUUCACGAAGUUGAUCAUAUUGUUUGGUCUUCUUUUUUACCAAGUAUAUGCCGAUAAAGUCUCCCAAUCUGAUGUAACGUCCAAGAAUAAACCUCGAAGCUCCGAGAACACCGAAUAAUUGCCAUUGUCAACGUAAGCCACAAGUCUCCUGAAAAUCUUAAAAGACAGUGAAAGUAUGUUUAGGAUGGUCUUGUUAUCUUCGAUAUGCAUACCAUGGCUUCAAAAUUGGUCCGUAUUGAUACCACAUCUGACAACAGGAAGAGUAGCUCAGAGCAUUUACGCCAUUUGGUUAGAAAGCAGCAUCAAUCCGAACUGGUCACAGAUAAAAAAUUUGGCAGUUACAAGAGGUUCGAUUAUUUUCCACCAAACUACGCUAGUUUUGUCACUAGUAAAGUGUCUGAAUGCUCAUAUGAAUUGACUAUACUGUACAAAGGUGCAUUCUAUCCUAUGAUUGGAACACGGUCUUUAGAGACAGACCGUUUGAGGUGUGACAGUACCUGUCGUGUCGUCCACUUAUGAUGGAGCUAUAACAUGAAUAAUUCGUAGAAUGAUUGCAGUUACACGAAGGAUGGAAGUCAGUUGAAAAGUUUGUGAAAUACCAGAAAUUGAAGUAGCUAGGCUAUGGGUAAAUCAUACCGAGAAACUACCUACUUCGA